UGUAAAAAAAAAAAUUACGGUAAAUAAUGACGAUUGUAAAGAGGGGAAAACCUGUACAUAUAUUUAAACCCGUCAGAAAUUACGACUUUUAUAGAAACUUCCCUCCAGAAAUCGACCCUAAAAAUCAUUAAAAAAAAAUUUGUAGAGAGCAAACUUAAUUAAAUAAUGACGAUUGUAAAGAGGGGAAAACCUGUACAUAUAUUUAAACCCGUCAGAAAUUACGACUUGUAUAGAAACUUACCUCCAGAACUUGACCCUAAAAAUCAUAAAAAAUAAUGUAAAGAGAGCAAACAUAAUUAAAUAAUGAUGAUUGUAAGGAGGGGAAAACCUGUAUAUUUAAACCCCUUGGAAAUUACAAUGUAUAUAGAAACUUGCCUCCAGAACUUGACCCAAAAAAUCAUAAAAAAAAAAAAAAUGUAAAGAGUAAACAUAAUUAAAUAAUGAUGAUUGUAAGGAGGGGAAAACCUGUAUAUUUAAACCCCUUCAGAAACUAUGAUGUAUAUAGAAACUUGCCUCCAGAACUUGACCAUAAAAAACGUUAAUAAAAAAAGUUCCGUUAUUCCAAAAUCAUACACGGUAAUUGUCGCAGUUCUUGCCAACCAUAGCUAAGGCAUCUCAUUAGGAAGGCAAAGUUGAGUGUGAGAAGCUAAAUGGUGACACAGAUGAGUGGACGAGUGAGGACAGUGAUGAGUUUAGUGAUAGUGAUGAGUCAUAAUAGUAUUGACAGAGGAAGGUUAAAAGAUAAAAUAGAGGAGAUAUGAGGCGUAUAGCGUACAAGGAGUGACCUGUUAGAAGCUGAGUGAACGAGGAGUGAUGACGAUGAUGAGUUUAGCGAUAGUGAUGAGUCAUAAUAGUAUUGACAGAGGAAAGUUAAAAGAUAAAAUAGAGGAGAUAUGAGGCGUAUAGCGUAAAAGGAGUGACCUGUUAGAAGCUGAGUGAACGAGGAGUGAUGACGAUGAUGAGUUUAGUGAUAGAGAUGAGUUAUAAGUGUGUUGACAGAGGAAAGUUAAAAGAUAAAAUAGAAGAGACAUGAGGCGUAUAGCGUAAAAGGAGUGACCUGUUAGAAGCUGAGUGAACGAGGAGUGAUGACAAUGAUGAGUUUAGUGAUAGUGAUGAGUUAUAAGUGUGUUGACAGAGGAAAGUUAAAAGAUAAAAUAGAAGAGACAUGAGGCGUAUAGCGUAAAAGUAGUGACCUGUUAGAAGCUGAGUGGACGAGAGUGACGGCAGCGAUGAGUAUUGAUAGAGAUGAGUUAUAAGAGUGAUGAUGGAGGAAGGUUAAAAGAUAGAAUAGAGAGGAAAUAUAAGGCGUAAAGCGUAAAAGGUGACCCGUGAGAAGCUAAUAGAUAAGCAAGGAGUGACGGCAGUGAUGAAUUUAGUGAGUGAAAAUGAUAGCUACGAUAGUGGUGACAGAGGAAGGUUAAAAGAUAAAAUAGAGGAGAUAUGAAGCUUAUUUAGUAAAAAGUGUCAACCUGCCAUUUGUAUACAGUUGCCCCUCAAAUAGUACGGUUUCCAAUAGUUCGGUUUCAGUUUUAUACGGAUGGUCAUGGAAGAUCUUUUAGGAUUUUUAAAUUUCCUGCUUAUUGGGAAAUUUGAAAAUCCUAAAAAAUCAUCGUAUAAAAUCCACAUAAAACCAAAACCGUACUAUUUGAGGGACGACUAUAAUUUUGAGCAAGUUGUGUUUUCAAGCAUUCUAAGGUCGUUAUUUUAGUCUCAAAGGGUAAAGAGAUGAUAAAUAAGGUCGCAUGUUGGCACUAUAAUUGUUGUUGUUGUUGUUCUCGGGUCACUCGCUCGCUCUCGACCCACGCACAUGCACUCUUGCCUCAUGUGCGUGUGUGUGUGCGUAAUGCUCACACCCACCAUACGCACAUGAUUAUACAAGGUGAGUAUGUGUUUGCUUGUGUUAAUGCAUCUUGGUCUGUCUGUGUGUGUGUGUGUGUGUUUGUGCAUGUGAAGGUGUGUGUUGGUUCUCUAAAUACUACAUACAUACAUAAACAAUCCUUUUUUUAUUUUUUUUAUUUUCUAUUUACUUAUUCAUUUUUAUUUUUUAUUCUAUUAUUUUAUUUCUUUAUUUAUUUUUUUUUUUUAUUUAUUUAUUUAAUUUAUUUAUUUAUUUAUUUAUUAUUAUUAUUUUUUUUUUAUGGACGCUCCUCGACUUGCAGUUACUAGGUUACAUUCUAAUAAACUUCUUACUUUUUCUUACUCUUUACCCGUUACUCCUUUACUCCUUUACUUUUUUAUUUAUUUAUUCAUUUUUCAUUUUUUUUUCCAUUUCAUUUAUUUUUUGUACAGACGCCCCUCGACUUACAAUUAUCAGGUUACGUUCUAAUAAACUCACUUUGCAUAGAAAUAUACCAGACGAAUCUGCACCUAUCGGACACCAAUAAUCCAGCCUGUAAUAUAUCGUAGAACACUCAACACAGCCUACAGUUCCACAAAAUCACCCAACACCGCAAUAUUCCAUCGCAAAACAUCAAAAAGCGUAUCGAAAUUCAAAGUACGGACUCGGCCUAUUACGUACAUCAAUAUCGCGCUCUCUGCCUAUUACGUACAUCAAUAUCACACACUCUGCCUAUUACAUACAUCAAUAUCACACACUGCCUGUUACGUACAUCAAUAUCACACACUGCCUGUUACGUACAUCAAUAUCGCACACUCUGCCUGUUACGUACAUCAAUAUCACACACUGCCUGUUAUGUACAUCAGUAUCACACACUGCCUGUUACGUACAUCAAUAUCACACACUCUGCCUAUUACGUACAUCAAUAUCACACACUCUGCCUGUUACGUACAUCAAUAUCACACACUGCCUGUUAUGUACAUCAGUAUCACACACUGCCUGUUACGUACAUCAAUAUCACACACUCUGCCUAUUACGUACAUCAAUAUCACACACUCUGCCUAUUACAUACAUCAAUAUCACACACUGCCUGUUACGUACAUCAAUAUCACACACUGCCUGUUACGUACAUCAAUAUCACACACUGCCUGUUACGUACAUCAAUAUCACACACUCUGCCUGUUACGUACAUCAAUAUCACACUCUGCCUGUUACGUACAUCAAUAUCACACACACUGCCUAUUACGUACAUCAAUAUCACACACUUUGCCUAUUACGUACAUCAAUAUCACACACUCUGCCUGUUACGUACAUCAAUAUCACACACUCUGCCUGUUACGUACAUCAAUAUCACACACUCUGCCUGUUACGUACAUCAAUAUCACACACUCUGCCUGUUACGUACAUCAGUAUCACACACACUGCCUAUUACGUACAUCAAUAUCAUACACUGCCUAUUAUGUACAUCAAUAUCACACUGCCUAUUACGUACAUCAAUAUCACACACACUGCCUGUUACGUACAUCAAUAUCACACACACUGCCUGUUACGUACAUCAAUAUCACACACUCUGCCUGUUACGUACAUCAAUAUCACACACUCUGCCUAUUACAUACAUCAAUAUCACACACUGCCUAUUACGUACAUCAAUAUCUCACACUCUGCCUGUUACGUACAUCAAUAUCACACACUGCCUGUUACGUACAUCAAUAUCACACACACUGCCUGUUACGUACAUCAAUAUCACACACACUGCCUAUUACGUACAUCAAUAUCUCACACUCUGCCUAUUACGUACAUCAAUAUCACACACUCUGCCUAUUACGUACAUCAAUAUCUCACACUCUGCCUAUUACGUACAUCAAUAUCACACACACUGCCUGUUACGUACAUCAAUAUCACUCACUCUGCCUAUUACGUACAUCAAUAUCUCACACUCUGCCUAUUACGUACAUCAAUAUCACACACUCUGCCUAUUACGUACAUCAAUAUCUCACUCUGCCUAUUACGUACAUCAAUAUCACACACAAUGCCUGUUACGUACAUCAAUAUCACUCACUCUGCCUAUUACGUACAUCAGUAUCACACACACUGCCUGUUACGUACAUCAAUAUCACACACUGCCUGUUACGUACAUCAAUAUCACACACUCUGCCUGUUACGUACAUCAAUAUCACACACUCUGCCUGUUACGUACAUCAGUAUCACACACUCUGCCUGUUAUGUACAUCAAUAUCACACACUCUGCCUGUUACGUACAUCAAUAUCACUCACUCUGCCUAUUACGUACAUCAAUAUCACACACACUGCCUGUUACGUACAUCAAUAUCACACACACUGCCUAUUACGUACAUCAAUAUCACACACUCUGCCUAUUACGUACAUCAAUAUCACUCACUCUGCCUAUUACGUACAUCAAUAUCACACACAAUGCCUGUUACGUACAUCAAUAUCACUCACUCUGCCUAUUACGUACAUCAAUAUCACACACUGCCUAUUACGUACAUCAAUAUCGCACACUCGUAAAGUUUGGAAGUCAUUAGUCGGGGCAUGGCAAGUAGAAGAGUGUCUAUUCUGUUUACCUUGUCUGUGUCUGUCUGAUAUUGAUUUAUCUUCUGUCCACCUAUUCUCUAUUCUAUUGGAGCAGCGUCUAGUGGGCUUUGUUGUGUUUUGUUAUGUUUUUUUGGCCUUGAACUUUUUCCUCUAUCAUAAAAAAAUGUGUGUUUGUGAAUGCCAGCAAGUCUGUGUAUGCAUGAUAGCUAUUCAUUCCUUGGCACACACACACACACACACACACACCUAUACACACACACUCACAUCUAUACACACACACACACACACACACACACCUAUACACUUACACACACAUACGCAAACACUUACGCACAUACUCACACACAAACACUCACACACGCACACCUGUUAGCAUGCGCGCACACCUGAGUUGAUUGCAUCUGCUACUUAAUUUAUUUUUCGCCUAAUUUGCACUUGCUUACCUUACCUGCAUGUUCUGUUACUAAACCACAUUAGGAGGAGGAGGAGGAGGAGGAGGAGGGGGUGUAGGUAAGGCCAGGAAGAGUAGGAAGGUUUUAUUAGAAGACUUUUUUUUUACAUUAUUCAAGAGCUUAGAUUUUUAGUUUGCUAGUCAGGAUGAAUAAGUUUUUUGUUUGUUUUUCUCAUUUUCACUCUCUCAUUCUCUUGCUUCCAUUCUCUCUCUCUCUCUCUCUCUCUCUCUCUCUCUCUCUCUCUCUCUCUCUCUCUCUCUCUCUCUCUCUCUCUCUCUCUUCCAAUUUCUCUUCCGGUUUCUCUCACUUCCACUUCCAAUCUCUCUUUCUCUUCCUCUCUCUUCCACUUCCAAUCUCUCUUUCUCUCCCUCAACCAUCUUUCUCCCUACUUUCCUCUCCCUUCCUCACUCAGCCUUUUUUCUCUCCCUCCCUCUCACUUUCACUUUCACUCACCCUUCUCCCUUCCUCUCACUCAACCCUCUGUCUCUCCCCCUCUCUCUCCAUCAACUCCCUUUCUCUCCCUCUCUUUCUCUCUCCAUCAACCCCUUUUCUCUCUCCGUCAACCCUCUCCCUCUCUCCCUACCCCCACCUCAUUCCCUCCAUCCCUCCCUCUCUCUCUCUCUCCCCCUCCUGCUCACUUACCCCUCUCUCCCUCUC